AUGGGUCCUAGCCCUAGCUCUGCCACUAAUCAGCUAGAUGGCUUUUGGAGUAGCUCGGAGAGGAGGAAGGAGAAGUCCCGGGAUGCAGCAAGGUGCCGAAGGAGCAAGGAGACGGAGGUCUUCUACGAGCUGGCCCACGAGCUGCCCCUGCCUCACAGUGUGAGCUCCCACCUGGACAAGGCUUCCAUCAUGCGGCUAGCUAUCAGCUUCCUGCGAACACACAAGCUCCUGUCCUCAGUUUGCUCUGAAAAUGAGUCCGAAGCUGAGGCUGACCAGCAGAUGGACAACCUGUACCUAAAGGCCUUGGAGGGUUUCAUUGCCGUGGUGACCCAGGAUGGCGACAUGAUCUUUCUGUCGGAAAACAUCAGCAAGUUCAUGGGACUCACACAGGUGGAGCUAACGGGACACAGCAUCUUUGACUUCACUCAUCCCUGUGACCAUGAGGAGAUCCGUGAGAACCUGAGUAUCAAAGAUGGCUCUGGUUUUGGGAAGAAAAGCAAAGACAUGUCCACAGAGCGGGACUUCUUCAUGAGGAUGAAGUGCACUGUCACCAACAGAGGCCGCACCGUCAACCUCAAGUCCGCCACCUGGAAGGUCUUGCACUGCACCGGCCAGGUGAAGGUCUACAACAACUGCCCCCCUCAUGGGGGUCUCUGCGGCUACAAGGAGCCCCUGCUCUCCUGCCUCAUCAUCAUGUGUGAGCCCAUCCAGCACCCGUCGCACAUGGACAUCCCCCUGGACAGCAAGACCUUCCUGAGCCGCCACAGCAUGGACAUGAAGUUCACCUACUGCGACGACAAAAUCACAGAACUGAUUGGUUACCACCCAGAGGAGCUGCUCGGCCGCUCAGCCUACGAGUUCUACCAUGCACUGGACUCAGAGAACAUGACCAAAAGUCACCAGAACCUGUGUACCAAGGGCCAGGUGGUGAGCGGCCAGUACCGGAUGCUGGCGAAGCAUGGGGGCUAUGUGUGGCUGGAGACGCAGGGGACAGUCAUCUACAACCCACGCAACCUGCAGCCCCAGUGCAUCAUGUGUGUGAACUACGUCCUGAGUGAGAUUGAGAAGAAUGACGUGGUGUUCUCCAUGGACCAGACGGAAUCCCUGUUCAAGCCGCACCUGAUGGCCAUGAACAGCAUCUUUGAGAACAGCGAUGAGGUGGCUGUGUCCGAGAAGAGUCACUUCCUGUUCACCAAACUGAAGGAGGAGCCGGAGGAGCUGGCCCAGCUGGCCCCCACUGCGGGAGAUGCCAUCAUUUCUCUGGACUUCGGGAACCAGAGCUUCGAGGAGUCAUCAGCCUAUGGCGAGACCAUACUGGCCCCCAACCAGUCGUGGGCUGAGGAACUGAGGAGCCACAUUGCCCAGAGCGAGGCCAGCCUGCCCGCCUUCACCAUGCCCCAGGCGGCCGCCCCGGGGGACACCAGCCCCAGCGCCACCAGCAGCAGCUGCUCCACGCCCGGCAGCCCUGAGGACUAUUACACGUCUCUGAAUGACGAUCUGAAGAUGGAGGUGAUUGAGAAGCUUUUUGCCAUGGAUACAGAGGCAAAGGACCAGUGCAGCACCCAGCUGGAUUUCAAUGAGCUGGACUUGGAGACACUGGCACCCUACAUCCCCAUGGAUGGGGAGGACUUCCAGCUGAGCCCCAUCUGCUCCGAGGAGAAGCUCUCGCCCGAGAACCCGCAGUUCCUCCCACAGCACUGCGUCAGCACCAUGACCAGCAUCUUCCAGCCGCUGGCCCCCGUGCCCGCUCCCGGCCCCUUCCUCCUGGACAAGUACCAGCAGCAGCUGGAGAGCAAGAAGACGGAGCCCGAGCACCAGCCCAUGUCCUCCAUCUUCUUCGAUGGCGGGAGCAAGGUGUCCCUGCCAUCGUGCUGUGGCCAGGCCAGCACCCCUCUCUCUUCUUUGGGGGGCAUAUUCAACACACAGUGGCCCCCUGAUCCACCCUUACAUUCCAGGCCCCCCAAGUGGCCUGGAGGAGAUCAGCACGCGGAGGCUUUGGGGAUAUCGCCGUCGGGGCCCCCUGUCUCCUCCCCGCAGCUCUCCAUGUUCAAGAAGAGGUCUGCAAAGGGCUUCAGGCCUCAGGGCCCAGAUGCGAUGAGCCCGGCCAUGGUAGCCCUCUCCAACAAGCUGAAGCUGAAGCGACAGCUGGAAUAUGAGGAGCAAGCCUUCCCGGACAUGAGUGGGGGGGACCCUCCAGGAGGCAGCCCUUCACAUCUGAUGUGGAAAAGGAUGAAGAGUCUCAGGGGCUGCGGGAACUGCCCUCCAAUACCUGACAAGCGGCUGAGCGCCAACAUCCCCAGUGAUGAGUUCACCCACAAUCCCAUGAGGGGCCUGAGUCAGCCUCUGAGACACCUGCCACCACCACAGCCACCGUCCGCCAUGAGCCCCGAGGAGAGCGCCAAGAGCAGGUUCCCCCCGCAGUGCUGCGCUUUUCAGUACCAGGACUACAGUCAGCCCUCGGCUCACAAGGCGGCAGGUAUGGCAAGCCGGCUGCUCGGGCCCUCGUUUGAGCCCUACCUGCUGCCCGAAUUGACCAGAUAUGACUGUGAGGUGAACGUUCCUGUGCCAGGAAGCUCCACGCUCCUGCAAGGAGGGGACCUGCUCAGAGCCCUGGACCAGGGCACCUGAAGCAGGGCCUUCCGCCAGGGCAGGUGUCUCUGCCAGGCCAUCCGCCAGCUUCACUCUCUGCAUCUAUUUUUGCAACUAGGUAUCUCUAACACCAACACACUUUUUACAAGGUGUACUUACCUGGCAGACUUGCCCAGGUUACCACGUAAUGGCCUUUUCCUGAAGAUACUCACUUUAGUAUCCAUAUUUUUAAAGUAUGUUUUACCUGCUGUGUUUUACUCUGUCAAUGAAAAUGUUCUUAAAUUUUGUAAGAUUUUCCCCCCCCCAACUUCAAUUGCUUCUAAUUUAUAUUAUCCAGAGGCCUCUCUCUUUCUCUCUCUCUCCUGCACACACAAUAUUCACACUAACAAGUUGGGUGUCUGUUUGUAGGGAAAGCUUUGGCUUCAUUGAACUAAAAAGAUUUUGUUGUUGCCAAAGAGAAAAUGAUUUUUGCUUUCCAAGCUUGAUUUGUGGCCUUGCUCCCUCGCAUGGCCCUUCUCCUUUAAAACUAAUCACUAUAUUGGUAAUUUCAGCCUUUUUCAAAAGCCAACUCUUUGCUCUAAUUUUGAUGACUUUUGGUGAAAAAUAAGAAAUGUGAAGGGUGAAGUCCAGUGUAUGUGCUUAUCUGUGAGAGUUGCACAGGGAGGCUUUUCCUAAACUCUUUGGUGUUUUCUUCUCUCCCCAACCCCCACAUUCAGUGGAUUUUUUUUUAAUUAUUAUUCAAAACCAUAACUGAGGGGUUUUUUAAAAUUUAUAUCUGGGUUAAGUGUUUAUCAUAUAUAUGGGUACUUUGUAAUAUCUAAAAACUUAGAAACGGAAGUGGAAUCCUGCUCACAAAAUCACUUUAGAUCUUUUUAAGCCCGUUCCUGCCGACACCGCAGCAUUGUACAGCACCCCCGGGCCGUGCUAACACUGCUCAAGGUUGCUCUGUGGGCUUUUGCUUUUGGGGUCUGCCAUAGCGUGACAAUCCAUCCAAGGAGUGGAAUCGUUAAGUGGGAGCAUUGCGAGCUGUCUUUUCCUCAUGUCCUCUGUGUAUUAUGUAUGUAUGUAUAUAUUAUUAUUGCUGCCAAGAGGGUCUGAUGGCGCAUCAUGGGUUAAGGGUGUGGGCUGGGCAAAUCCAAGGGAGAGGAAGUGCUUUAACUUUUCUUAAGGUCUUGUUGCUGGCCCUUCAAGUGCACUGAGCUAUGUGACUCUAAUGGGCUUUCAUGUGGAGCACUGGGAUAUUUCUAAACCUACCCUGAGAUGGUUUAGAGGGGAAUUCACGAAAGGAAGGAUUCAGAAACGGGGUAGUGACCCAGGCCAUGUCUUCCCAGCUGACCACCUCGGAGCACAUGGAGCUGGGCUGAGAGAAGGGCAGCCGGUGCUGGCCAGCCUGGCCCAGUGCCCUUCCUCAGAUCCCCCUGCAAGGCCGAGGUGCGGGGGCCCCCACUGACGAGCAGCAGGCAGACCUGGGGACAGCCCAGCCCCAGGCCCUCCUGGGUCUGUUUGUCACUCGAAGUGACUUGUAUAGGUAGGAAGCACUGGAAAUAGUGUUCUCAGAGCACUUUAACUCACUGCGUAAGAGGGACUACACCUUUGGUUUCUAAACACCAAUCACAUAGAACUCACCUGUCCUGGGCACAAUGAAGAUGUUUCUAGAAACACACACCCAAAACAGAACAGGCCAGCAUGGAUGGACUAAUUGUCAAAACACAAAUCUAAGUUGUAUGAGAAGGAGUAUCUACUCAGUGUGUUGCCCAAAUGUAUGUAAGCACCGCAGCUUUGCCCCGCGUGGCGACAGAGCCCGGAGGGCCACGGCCAGGUAAACUGGGGUUGGAUUCCUGUGUGCGCUGCCUCGGCCGUGAGGGUGGCUCAGCCUUGCAGUUUUACUAAAACACUCUGAGAAAUAUUCCGAGCUUCAAUAUUAACUUUACCUGUCAAUGUAACGAUUUCAUGUACAUUAUUAUUUUGUCGAAUUCCUACUGACAUUAUUACUGUAUGGGAGCUUAACUUUAUAAGGAAAUGUAUUUUGACACUGAUAUCUUAUUAAAGUAUUCUGAUCCUACCCCGG